GAUAAGUCAUGAUUGUACGCCUCUGUAUUAGUCACUCUUAGUUGAAAUUAGCCUAAGGCGGCGUACCGUAACCCAGCUUGUUGCAAACUUAAACUAAGCGUCAAUUUUAAAAUUGCCCCCCAAACUAAAGUUUCUUAUUGUUUCAAUUUAUUCGAAAGCAAGAACACUCGAAGAUGUCUGGUGGUUGUGAAAAACUACACAUUGAGACUCCCUUGGUGAGAUCCAACGCGCUGUCCAAGGAGAAUGGGUUCGAAGUACUAUUGAAAUUAGAGAAUAUACAACUGCCUGGUUCCUUCAAAAUUAGAGGAAUUGGUCACAUGUGCCAGAAGUCCCUGGAUGAAAAUCGAAAGGCGGAUUGUUUUGUCUGCUCAUCAGGGGGUAACGCAGGCUUGGCUGCCAGUUAUGCUGGGACGAGACUGAACAAACCAGUGCAUGUGUUCGUGCCUACUUCUACUUCUCAAUUUGUGCUGGACCAGUUUAAACUCUACUCCUGCAGUCAAGUUCAUGUCCACGGAAGUGUGUGGAAUGAGGCGAAUGAGAAGGCGAAGGAGUUCUGUGGGACUGUGAAUGGAAUUAUGGUUCCUCCUUAUGACCAUCCCUACAUCUGGGAAGGAAACUCCACAAUCGUAGACGAGUUAGAACAGCAGCUAGGACCCGAUAGAUUGCCUAGCUGUAUCGUAGUGUCGGUGGGGGGAGGGGGUCUCUUAUUGGGCGUGAUGGAGGGGGUGAAGAGACGACCCAAAUGGGGGAAAAUUCCCCUGGUUGCUGUGGAGACGGAGGGCGCAGACUGUUUCUCGCAGAGUGUGAAACAAGGAAAAUCUAUGCGGCUGGCCACAAUCUCGAGUGUUGCGAAAAGUCUGGGAGCACUGGAACCGUGUCCGGCUUUGAUGAAUCGACUUAAAGAGGCAAAUAUUAUUUCAGAAACUGUCACAGAUGACCAAGCGGUCGACGCCUGCAAGCGAUUCAUGGUGGACCACCGAUAUCUCGUGGAGCCUGCAUGUGGGGCUGCGUUAAGUGCUGUCUACAGCAGUGCUGGUCUGCUGAAGAGACUGGCUGAGGAGAAGCGAAUCGACGUCUCUUCUGGUCCCGCGGUGAUUGUGGUCUGCGGCGGAGUCAGCGUUCAGAUGCUUCUUUAGGUCAUCAUAUCUAUAAAACAAAACAAAAAACGUUACUUUCGACAGCAGUAUGACUAAGUUGUGAAAUAUUUGUUCAUUUAAACUUCAAAC